UAUCUUUCGAGUUUCGAUCACUUAAUUGAGUUAAGAUUCUAGAGAAAUGGUUGGGAAUAGGACUACCACUUUCUGUAUAUACCUAAAUAAGAGUUAAAUGAUUUUAACUCCAAAAUAGGACUUAUUUUUCGUUCGAUUCUUAAUUUACCCCUAAUUUCUUAUUCCAUGAUUUGUACGCCCCUGUCUCAACCACAUUCGUCUCUCUUCUGUGGCUGCGACACACUCCAACGAGCCACACCUCUCUUUCAUUACGAAGAGGAAAAUCGUGGUGGCGCAGCCGGAGAUGAAGCACAACGGAAAAGAGACAACAACACGAAGAUGCGGCCCGAUGAGGCGACGGCUGCACAGCGACGCGGUAGCACGGUGAGGCGGCGGCGGCUGCACAGCGAUGCGGUGGAAAUCGGAAAUCCCUCAGAGGUCCUUGAAGGACUGUUGGAGGAGGCCGCAAGAGUAAUAGAAAUGGCGGUUGUUGAAGAUCCAGUUGGGGGGCGGGGGGUCGCUUGAGCACCAGCACCGACAGCCGCCGGAGCACAAACAGAGACGAUUAUUGACAUUAUUUUUAGCAAUGUAAUUUUUAUAGUGAUUGACAUUCACGAAAUUGUCAUUUUGUUUUGUUUUUUUGAGAGAAGAAGAGUACUAUGUUCCGGUUAUAAAUGUUUGGUUCCACUUUCAUUGUUAUGACAUUGCAAAUGUCGUUUACAUUGUUAAGUUUUUUAUAGUGAUGAAUGUGAAUUGGCUUUGUUUUGACAACGUUGCACCUGCUGAAAAUAAAAAUUACU